CGGGUUAUUAAGACCUAUACAAAGUGUCCGCCUUCUCGUCGCUGCUGUUGUCUCCUGGUGUGUGAGUGUGUGAGCGAGUGAGCGGCGUAACGCAGCCUAAAAGACCAAAAUGGCGCUCACUUCCCAGGGAACAAAGAAAAAAGUUUGCUACUACUAUGACGGCGAUGUUGGAAAUUAUUAUUAUGGUCAGGGCCAUCCCAUGAAGCCCCACCGCAUCCGCAUGACACACAACCUGUUGCUCAACUAUGGCCUCUACAGAAAGAUGGAGAUAUACCGUCCGCACAAAGCCAGCGGAGAGGAGAUGACCAAGUAUCACAGCGACGACUACAUCAAAUUCCUGCGUUCAAUCCGACCUGACAACAUGUCUGAAUACAGCAAACAAAUGCAGAGAUUUAAUGUUGGGGAGGACUGUCCGGUGUUCGACGGUUUAUUUGAGUUCUGCCAGCUCUCAGGGGGGGGCUCUGUCGCCGGUGCUGUAAAGUUGAACAAACAGCAGACGGACAUCGCCAUCAACUGGGCUGGGGGCCUGCACCAUGCCAAAAAGUCUGAAGCUUCAGGGUUUUGUUAUGUCAACGACAUUGUCCUGGCUAUUUUGGAAUUACUGAAGUACCACCAGAGAGUUCUGUACAUAGAUAUUGACAUCCAUCAUGGCGACGGUGUGGAGGAGGCCUUCUACACCACAGACCGUGUAAUGACCGUUUCCUUCCAUAAGUAUGGCGAGUACUUCCCUGGCACAGGAGAUCUGAGGGACAUCGGAGCCGGGAAGGGUAAAUACUACGCUGUGAAUUACCCACUGAGGGACGGAAUUGAUGAUGAGUCUUAUGAAGCCAUAUUCAGACCUAUAAUGGCCAAGGUGAUGGAGAUGUACCAGCCCAGUGCUGUGGUUCUGCAGUGUGGAGCUGAUUCCUUGUCAGGAGACAGACUCGGCUGCUUCAACCUCACCAUUAAAGGCCAUGCUAAGUGUGUGGAGUACAUGAAAAGCUUCAACCUGCCCCUGUUGAUGUUGGGUGGGGGGGGCUACACCAUCCGUAACGUGGCACGCUGCUGGACGUAUGAAACUGCUGUAGCCCUUGAUUCCUCCAUCCCCAAUGAGCUCCCAUACAACGACUACUUUGAGUACUUUGGGCCGGACUUCAAGCUGCACAUCAGCCCCUCCAACAUGACCAACCAGAACACCACCGACUACCUGGAGAAGAUCAAGCAGCGCUUGUUUGAGAACUUGCGAAUGCUGCCUCACGCCCCAGGAGUCCAGAUGCAGGCCAUCCCAGAGGACGCUGUACACGAGGAUAGUGAAAACGAGGAGGAUGAAGACCCCAACAAACGCAUCUCCAUCCGUGCUCAUGACAAGAGGAUAGCAUGUGAGGAGGAGUUCUCUGACUCUGAGGAUGAAGGCGAAGGAGGCCGCAGAAACGCAGCCAGCUUCAAGAAAGCCAAGCGAGCCAAGACAGAGGGGGAGAAAGAGGGAGAAGAAAAGGAGAAGAAAGCUGAAGAGGAAACAAAAGAAGUGAAAACGGAGGAGAAAGUGCCGGAGGAGGAGAAAAUGGAUACAUCAAAGCCCAAAGAGGAAUCCAAGACCCCUUGAGGUGCUCAGCCCCGAAAGAUGCCAGUGCAGCUGAUCAGAACGGAUCCCACGUUUUUUUCAGAUCAAACACCAUCCCAGGCUGCGGCUAUGGAAAUCAGUGAAGGACUAAACCUUUGUAUUGAAACAUCCUUCUCCUUCUGAAUAGGAGGAGGCUCUUAUCAUGUUUUUCUAGGACAACUUUUCAACUUUGCUGUUUAUGGAAUGGCGGUUUUGAGUCUUGUUUUGUUUUUUGUAUGCUUUCUCAUUUCGGUUGUCAAUCUUUUGAAGCGGUGACACUUCUUCCUCCUUUUGUGAAGCAACUCUGUAAAAAAUUGCUUAGUUACAUGUGUGCUUUUAUAUAUCUGACGGGUUUAAUUUAUUUAAAUCAUAGAUAUUUUUGGCUAUUCUGUUUUACUAUGUCUUUCAACCCCCACUUUAGCCCUGUGCCUUUUUGAAUAUGUAGUUUAAGCAUGUUUGUACAAUAGAUCUUUUUCUGCAUUACAUUUGUGUCACUGGUCUUGCCCUUAAAGGUCACCAAGAAUGGUUAAGAGGGUCAUCUAAACCUAUAUACCUCUAACAUGUCAUUUACAUUCUUAUAUUUUAGGUGAUGAUAGGACGUCUCCUAUGACACAUUCACUAUUUCUUUGUUAAAUUUAUGACCCAGAAUAUUAAAAAUGUUUUGGGUUCAGUAUUAGGCUGAGGAUUUGAAUGUCCAAUAUACUGUGUAGUACUGUUGGAGUACUAUACAGUAUAUAAUACCAUCCAGCAGUACUGUUUAGUACCCAGUGUACAAUAUGAGACACAUGCCAGAAUUCAUUCAUUUGUUGUAUAUAUUUAUAUUCUGAUAAACAAAGUGUUCCACAUGAGAUCGCAAAUGUCAUUUAAAUGUGACUGACUCUGGUGUGUGUUUUUUUUUUUAAACAAUAAAUACUGCCCUACAAAUA